AUGGCGCCUCUCACGUUGCAACCUGUUAUUGCUGCCCUGUACAGGUCUGGUAGUGCUCCGGAGGGUGACACCAGCCUCAUGGAGUACCUUGAUCGGACUCUCGAUGCUGCCCGAUGUCAUGGUACCCAGUUGAUCCUUGCUGGAGACUUCAACGUCCACAACACCGACUGGCUUCAUAGUACAAAGACAACAAAUGCUGGCGAAGCAAUGGAGGAGCUCAGUGCUGCUCAUCACCUCACCCAACACGUGCUUGAGCCAACCAGGGGCAAUAACACCCUGGAUCUGGUCCUUUCCGACUUUGACACCCCGGUCGUGUCUACUGUGCACCCACCUCUCGGCCGAUCUGACCAUGCCAGUGUGAUUACCGACUUCCUGCGUGCCCCAUCACACCGGGAGCCCCCAACCUCGAGGUGCGUGUGGCGCUAUAAUUUGGCUGACUGGCCACGUUUGAAGCAUUUCUUCCGGCAAACAGACUGGUCCUCUAUCAUCAUUGACAACAUUGACCUGUCAUGCGAGCGGCUGACUGGCAAGAUCUCUGAGGGCAUGGCAACGUUCAUCCCGUCCAAGAGCCUCAAACUGCACAGUACCGACCCACUUUUCAGCAAAGCAUUCCACCAAGGCCGGCAACCGUCACUGUGGAAGCUUGCCUCAGUAGUACCUGUACACAAGAAGGGUUCCAAGUCCGCAACAAAGAACUACCGGCCCAUAUCCCUGCUGCCAAAACUGUCAAAGGUCAUGGAAGCUAUCAUCAAUCGUAGCCUUAUGGGAUUCCUUGAGCGCCAGCGCAUCCUCACCGCUAACCAGUACGGCUUCCGCUCCGGCCUGGGAACGCAGGACCUCCUUACCCUACUACACCAUCGUUGGAGUACCGUGGCUGCAGGGGGCGGAGCUGUGCGGGUUGUUGCUGUGGAUAUCGCUGGCGCGUUCGAUCAAGUCUCCCACCCAGGUGUGAUCCACAAAGCCCAGCAGUACGGUGUAUCCGGCAUGCUCCUUGCAUGGUUGAGAGACUACCUGCUGGACAGGUGGGCAGCCGUCCAGCCCACACCGCAUCACAGCCGGAGUUCCGCAAGGUAG